AUGCUCCGGGCGUACUGGGCGCGGAUGGUGCCGGUGGCCACCUUGGCUGGUCGGAGGUGGGCUGCUAGCGCGGGCGCGGGCGGGCUGGCGGCAGGGUACGAGCCCGCGGCUGUGGAGGCUGGCAAGGUGGCGCGAUGGGAGGCCUGGCGAGUGCAGCAGGCCAAAGAAGCAGCAAAGACAGGCAGCUUGCGAAGGCCGACGUUUACCGUCCUCCUCCCGCCACCCAACGUGACUGGCGCGCUGCAUCUGGGCCACGCGCUGACGGUUGCGGUGGAGGAUGCGGCGGUGCGGGCGGCGCGGGCUCGCGGCGAGGAGACUCUGUGGAUCCCCGGGCUGGACCACGCUGGCAUCGCCACCCAGGUUGUGGUUGAGAGCAAGAUCCAGCGCGAGCGCGGCAUCUCGCGGCAUGAGCUCGGCCGCGACGCAUUUGUGCGCGAAGUUCACGCUUGGAAGGAGGCGACCGGCGAUGGACGCAUUCGUGACCAGCUGCGGAUGCUAGGCGGCGGGCUCGACUGGGCGCACGAGUACUUUACCAUGGAUCCGGCGCGGUCGCAGGCGGUCGAUACUGCGUUUAUGCAGCUCGCCGCCGACGGGCUUAUCUACCGUGAUCUGCGGCUGGUCAACUGGUGCCCAACGCUGCGGUCGGCCAUUUCGGAUGUCGAGGUUGACCACGUCGACGUCGCGCCCGACUCGACCAUUGCCCUGCCCGACGGCCGCCGGGUUCCGUCCGGUCGGCUGUAUACUAUCCGCUACGCCGUCGCCAACUCACCGUCUGGAGAGACCGUGGCGGUGCAGACAACCCGUCCCGAGACGGUGCUGGUUGACACGGCGCUGGCCGUCCACCCCGACGACCCGCGCCACGCGCGGCUCGCCGGCAAGAGCGUGAAGCACCCGCUGACGGGCGCGCUGCUGCCGGUGGUUGCCGACGCGACGGCCGUCGAUCCCGAAUUCGGAACAGGCGUGGUCAAGAUCUCGCCCGGCGUCGACUUUAACGACUACGCCACCGGCGUCCGGCACGGCCAAGCUCCGCUGACGCUCUUUGACGACGUUGGCCAUGUGGCGCUGAGCGAGCUGGUUGCCCACCUCGGUGACACACCACUCCCGGCUGAGUUGGCUGAGCUUGAGGGCGUCGACCGGUACGAGGCGCGUGCACGCAUCAUUGAGCUUCUCGAGGCUAGUGGUGCGUACGGCGGCCAUGAGCCGUAUGCACAGAGCCUUGCGGUCUGCUCACGGACUGGCGACGUGCUCGAACCGCUCCUCCGCCCGCAGUGGUUUCUCAGGACUCGCGAGCUAGCCGAGGCGGCGCGUAAGGCGGUCGAGACUGGCGCGCUCACGAUUGCGCCCGCGUCGUUCGAGGCAACAUGGGACGAGUGGAUGCAUCAGCUCAACGACUGGUGCCUCUCGCGGCAGCUCUGGUGGGGCCAUCGGGUUCCGGCGUGGCGGGCACCGGGCUCAUCGGGCUUGCACACUUCAGACUGGGUCUUUGCCGCCGACGAGGCGGCGGCAUCGGUUGCCGCCGCCGAGGUCUGGGGCUCGGGUGACGUGGUCCGCGACGACGACGUGCUCGACACGUGGUUCUCGUCGGCGCUGCUGCCGAUGUCGGCGCUGGGGUGGCCGCAUGCCGAUCCGCGCCGCGCCGGCUACCCGCUGACACUCAUGGAGACCGGCUCGGACAUCCUGGUCUUUUGGGUCGCACGCAUGGUAAUGCUCUGCACCCACCUCGCGCCUGGCGGUGAGCUCCCAUUCAAGCACAUCGACCUCCACCAGAUGGUCCGCGACAAGUCAGGGCGCAAGAUGUCCAAGUCGCUCGGCAAUGUACUCGAUCCGGCCGACCUCAUUCAGGGGGCGUCGCUGGACAAGCUUCUCGCUGCGCUCGAGGGCGGCAACUUGCCUGCGGGCGAGCGCGCCCGUGCAAGUUCGGACCUCAAGGCUGCGUUCCCCGACGGUUUUCCGGCGUUCGGCACCGACGCGCUCCGGUAUGCCCUUCUCGAAAUGACUAAGCAAUCGCACUUUAUCAAUCUCGACCCAUCGCUGGUCCUCUCGGCGCGCAAAUUCUGCAACAAGAUCUGGAACGGACUCCGGUAUGUGCUGCUUGCCACCGAGGACGAGGGUGCAGUUCCGCAGUACGUCCAGCAGCUGGCGUCGGGUGCUGAUGGGCGGGCCGAGCUCCGGCUGACGCCCGACACCGCGGCGGCGCUGACGCCAAUGGACGCGUGGAUUCUGAGCAAGCUUGACGUCAUGGCGGCCGAGGUGCAGGCAGCGGCGCAGCCGCCGCUGGCGCUGCACAAGGCGGCUCGCGCGGUGUCGGGCUUUUUCGUCGAUGCUUUCUGCGACAUCUACGUGGAACACACCAAGGUGAGUAAGGGCGGCGUCGAGGGCGCAGUUCUUGCCCACUGUGCGCUCUCAUUCCUCACGGCGGCGCACCCGCUGCUACCGUUCCUCACCGACGAGCUGGUGAGCCACGCGGUCGGGCUGUGCGACGAGCUGCCAGCAAGUGUCGAUACUCGGGUUGCGCCACUCCCCGAGGCCUUUGCGGUCUCGCCGUCGGAUGUGCCUCGGCAGCUUGCCAACGCUGCCGCCGCAAUCGACGGCUACGUCCUUCCGUUGCUGGAGCAGGUCCGAUCGCUUCGGGCGAGCUGGACCCCGCCGCGCGGAGCAGCAGUGUACGUGGUGAGCGAGGCGAGCAAGGUGGUGGCCGACGCUCAAGCACGAAGCCAGGUCCACGCCCUUGUGGCGCGGCUAGCCAAGGCCCAAGACGUGACCGACACGCCUCGCGAUGGGUACGUCGAGCACGGUGCCAUCGAGUUUGGGGUCGGCCCGCACGCCAUCCGGGUCGCGCUCACGGCCGAGCCCGGAUUGGCGCUCGGCCAGGCCGCGCGGACGCUGAGCAAGAGCCAGCGGGCCGAGCUCGGCGCCCGUUCGGCCAAGUUGGAGGCACAGAUUGCCAAGUUGGAGAAGAUCAUGGCUGGGGAGCACUACGCCACCCGCGUGCCGGCGGCGGUGCAGGCCGGUAACGCGACCAAGCUGGACGAGCUGAGAACCAAGCUGGAGAGUCUGACCAAGGCGCUGGCCUAGUCGUCAUUGUCAUGGGAGGAGUGAGAGAGCAAUGUUGACGACGAGCAGGCCAGUCCCGAUGCGGA